GUUAGCGUCGACUGAAAAGAAUCGCUUAAACAAUAAAUGAGACAAUUUCUUUUUAAGAUAAUAGCACUUUAUAUACUUUUAGAGACAUGGGAAAAGUUUAGCGGUGAAAUAGAGUACUUACUGCACCCAUACUGAAGUGAUCGGUGUUCAAUUUAAGAACUGAAAAGUUUUUAAAAGUUACUUUGAUAAAUAAAAAUAUAUCGUGCGACUUGUGUUGCUGAAUUAAGUGUGUUUACGGAAUUAACAUUUCACACACUCAGUAAAAAUGUUCAUUUAUAUGAGUAAGAAGAUUGCCAUACCAAAACAAUCGAAUGUGACUUGCAUAUCAUGGAACCAUUCAUCUGGGUACAUUGCUGUUGGUGGAGAAGAUGGCAUGUUAAAAGUGCUAAAACUGGAAUCUGGAGGUGGUGGGAAUCUCUCAAUGAACCUGAGCUUGGAAGGCCACACUGGUCAGGUGUGUGUAGCCAUAUGGAAUGAAGUAUUUCAGAAGCUGACUACUAGCGAUGAGCAUGGUGUCAUCAUUGUUUGGAUGCUGUACAAGGGAUCCUGGUAUGAGGAAAUGAUAAAUAACAGAAAUAAAUCAACCGUUAGAAGCAUGGCUUGGGGCUCUGAUGGCCAAAAAAUUUGCAUAGCAUAUGAGGAUGGGGCCGUUAUUGUGGGCUCAGUGGAUGGCUCGCGUGUCUGGGGCAAGGACAUUAAAGGGCCAGGUUUAGCUGCCGUUCAAUGGUCGCCAGAUAAUUCUCAGCUACUCUUUGCACUGACCAAUGGGGAGCUGCACAUCUAUGAUGAUCAAGGAAAUUUUACUAUGCCAGUGGCUAUCCAUGGUGUGUCAGGGUCAAUGGAUAUUGUAACAAUGGACUGGUAUUCAGGUAGUGCCCCCACCAGCAGGCCCGUACUGGCAAUAUCUUACCGAAGUGGCGUCAUACUGCUUAUGAAAAACUGCAAUGAGGAAGAUAGUGUUGUAAUAGAAUCAAACAUGACUAUAAUCGAUUGUCACUGGAAUCAUAACGGCACAAUAUUGGCCGCGGCCGGCUGCACGGCAGACAAGACCAAUGUGGUUCAGUUCUUUGGUGCAUAUGGGGAGCACAUAAGAACAUUGAGAGUUCCUGGAGGUAAUAUGAGGGCAUUGUCGUGGGAGAAAAAGUCACUGCGCCUCGCUAUAGCUAUUGAUUCCUUCAUAUACUUUGCUAACGUCAAAAUGGACCACAAGUAUGCGUUUUAUGCAAACACAUUGGCAUAUGUAUCAGGAACAGAAACCGUUACCUUUUGGGAUACCGUUACACAUCAGUCCUGGAUAAAUCAUAUACCUGAUGUAAUCGAUAUGUGUGCUGUUGACGAGUACUGUGUUAUCGCUACGUUAGGACAAGUAAUAAUAUCCAAUCAGCAAGGUAUUCAAUGUGAUGCUAAAGCAGUAAGUAUUCCAGUGGUAUAUGUGACUAUUAAUAGCAAAGCGAUAGUAGUGGCUGCGUCUAAGGAAUCCUUCUUAAUAUGGAAGUUCUCUACGCCCUCCAGACCUCGUUCGACAGAACAUUUGUAUCAAGCAGACGGGUCGCCGAUAUCGUCAACCGACGUAGGGUUUCACGACGACACAAUAAGCUGUGUCGCGAGUUCUGACACUCAUUUAUUGAUUGGAAGAGAUUCAGGCUCCAUAUUACUGUUCUCUUUAGUCAAUUUUAAGAAAAUCACAUCAAUAAACAUGAAUUCACGGCCCUACAGGUUGGGCCUCAAUUCUAAUUCAAGCAAGUUCUUCGUAAUCGAUCAGCCCGGUUCGUUAUACUUAUUGGAGACUGACAUGGCUAACAAUAUAAGCAUAGGACAAGCGUUACGUAAAGACGUGUGGAGUGCGCUUUGGGCAUCGGAUAACCCACAAAUGUUAGCUGUGGCUGAAAAAGCCAGGCUUUACGUGAUGAGAGAUACGGAACCAGAAGAGCCUUUGACCAUGCAAGGGUAUUUGUGCAAGUUUAAGGAAUUGGAAAUCACGACAGCACUUUUGGACAGCGUAGACGACAAAUGUACACCUCAACACAUUGUAAGGGUAGAAGUUAAGUCUUUGAGAGACACGCGUCAACUCAUUGAAAAAGUUGGACUGAAGGAAGCGGAGAAUUUCAUCAAAGAUAACCCACACCCGCAACUAUGGCUACUGCUAGCAGAGGCUGCUUUAAAAAAUUUCGAGUCCGAAUCUGCAUUAGAAACAGCUGAAGCAGCCUUUGUGCGACGCAAUGACUACGCCGGAAUCAAAUUCGUUUCACGUCUAAACGCUUUGCAUUCAAAUGCACUUAAAAAAGCCGAUAUUCUAGCUUACUUCAAGGACUUUGAUGCAGCUGAGAAGAUAUAUCAUAAUGAAGACAGGCGGGACUUGGCUAUAGCUCUGCGGAAGCGUUUAGGACACUGGUUCCGCGUAGUUGAGCUGCUGAAGAUGUCUGCUAGCACUACGGAUGCGCAGGUUAAACAGGCCUACAGUAACAUUGGCGACUACUACAUUGAUCGACAGAAUUGGACGAGUGCAUUAGAAUAUUACACAAUGUCAAACAAUACCGAAGGCCUCAAGAAAUGUUACAUGGCACUCGAAGAUAAUGAGGCCUUAUCUAAAUUGUAUGCAGGUUCGCCAAGAGGCAAGGAAGUUGGAGUACAAAAGCAAAAUGUAUUAGAUGAUUUAAAUGAUAGUGUAGGACAAGCACCAUCGAUACAAGCUAUUAUGCAAUUGAAGGAAAGCGGCAGGUUGACGCAAGCGGCCGAAAUGGCGUUUCAGUUAGCUAACUUGGAGUCUUCCAAGAAAGCAUCGCCUUUGAAGAUCAAGAAGCUGUAUGUUUUAGCUGGUCACUUGUAUAGCCAGAGCUCUGUCGAGGGCGCGUCGUCGCGGCUGGCGGCGCGGUGCUGGCGCGGCGCGCGCGCGGCGCAGUGGGCGGCGGCGGGCGCGGCGCGGGCGCGGGCGCGGCCGGCGCGGCACGACGCGGCGCUGCGGGCCGCCGCGCGUCUGCUGCAGCACCACCAGCCGUUACACCACAACCAACAUAUACAGGUUUGGUGUACUAUUGCGUCAAUAGCGAUUCAAGCACGUGCGUUUGAAUUGUGUUCUAAAGCAUUAAUCAAACUCGAAGCACUUGAUCCUCAGACAUUUGAAAAUUUGGCGAUAGAAAUAUUUACAAGAUACAAACCUAAAGACGCAAAAGGAAAUAAAAUCGAAUGCCCAAAUUGCGACGUCAGCAUGCCUGAAUGGUGUUCGUCGUGCUCGGGCUGCGGCAGCCAGUUCCCCGAGUGCGCGGUGUCGGGGCGCGCGCUGGUGGCGCCGCACACGGUGUGGGCGUGCAGCACGUGCGGCGCGCAUGCGCAGCAGCACGAGCUCGUGCUGCGCCACUCCUGCCCCAUGUGCCACGCGCAGCUCGCAUAACGUUAUACACCACAAUAGCGUAAUCAUAAAAAAAAUGUGCAAAAAAGUCACAUUAGUGCAAUAUUGAUGCUUCACUUCAGCCUUCAGAGAGCCAGACGACCGACCAAAAAUAAGACAUCACUUUAAACCCGUCAAAAACCGAGGAAUCUCUCCUGCUGGAUUUUUACCAUCCCAUUGAUUUUACGAACUGCUCUGGGGCUCUAGUCUGCUAAUUUAAUAAUGUGUUAAUUGGAUAUAAAUUAAAUAUAGCAAUUUAAACCUUAGCGGGCAUUCAUAUGCCACUUACGUAAAAUUUGCAGAAUUAAGCUCCUCCACGUGCUUAUCGCGUGUGCCAUACUGUAGACACGUGGUGGCUUUGGGUGAAUGAGCUGGGGCAAUGCAAAUGUGAGCAAGGGGUUCCUCCUACCCCCCAAAUAGACAACGUGAGUAAUUUCAUAACAUGCGCACAGGGCUGGGACACCUGAUCCCGAAUUAUACGACAUAUCUCCAUUUUAAAUUAUAAAGAAAUUCUAUGUUGAAUGUUUUAUUAAUAGACAAAGAUCAAAGGGCCGCUAAACAUCACUUCUUUUCUCGCUAAUGAAACCGGACGUCAACUGUUUUCUAAAACUGCCCAGCUUAUAAUGUGACAUUGUAAUCUUUGUUAAAAUUAUAUUUAAAGAAAACCAUACAUAUUUAUCUAAGUUUUAUUCAAUUAAAUAGGGUUCACAAAGUAA